AAAAGUCCACAUCAAAACAGAGACCCAGAGACACAUUUUCUGGCUCUUGAUCUGUGAAAUUUUCUGGGAAUCUGAGAUUUUUCCCGAGAAACUCAGUUGCAGAAAAUGCACGACUUCUGCUUCACGAUCCCGUACGGGCUGGUUCUGGCUGGAGGAGGAGUUUUUGGGUAUAUAAAGAAGGGGAGCACGGCUUCGUUGGCUGGGGGUGUGGGCAUCGGAUUGGUGCUCCUUCUUGCGGGAUAUCUCAGCCUCGAUGCUUUCAAGAAGAGGAAGAACUCUUAUCUGGCUUUGAUUCUUGAGACCGUUUGUGCAGCUACACUCACAUGGGUCAUGGGACAGCGCUAUAUGCAAACCUCUAAGAUUAUGCCAGCUGCUGUUAUCGCUGGUAUCAGUGCCCUCAUGACUGGGUUCUAUGCAUACAAAAUUGUUACUGGUGGCAACCAUAUCCCAGCCAAGGCUGACUGAGAGGGCUGGAGAUCUCUUUCUAAUACCAUCAGAACUGGACUGGGAUCAUACAUACCCAAAUGCUUCUAUUGCAUGUUCAUAGAUUUUUAUCUAUAUUGUAUUGCUAACUACUACACUAACUGGUUGUUUAUAAAACAGAAGAUGAUUUCGUGUUUGACAUGGAAGGAAGCUUUUUAUUGUUCCUU